AUGGAAAAGCCACCAUCAUCUCACGAGCCGACGCUCGACGAGGCCAGGGGACCCAGCAUCGCGCAGCGGGCCGCCGCCUUGUUCCGUAGACAUGCCCUCGCCGCCUUGUCCGAGUUCUCCUUCAUCAACUGGCACUAUCUCUACUUCAUCGUCACGUGUCUGGUGUCGAGUCUCAUUUUCUGGGGCUCCUCCACCCCGGCGAGAUCCGUGUCCUAUGUCGACAGUCUGUUCUUGUGCGUGUCGGCCAUGACGGAGGCCGGCUUGAACACGGUCAACCUGUCGGAGCUGAACACCUGGCAGCAAAUCAUGCUGUUCUUUCUCAUCAUCAUCGGCUCGGCGAUCUUCGUCUCGUCGUCCAUUCUGCACAUCAGGAAGCGAGCCUUCGAGAAGAAAUUCGCCGAGCUGGCCGAGCGACGGAGAAGACACCUCCACCGGCCCCGGACAUUAACCUUUUCGUUGUCGAGACGAGACCAUGUCCAUGAUAACGAUCGAGAUGCCGCUGUAGCAUCCGGGGCUGUACGUGGACGCGCCAUGCCGGAUUCCAUCAAGGAGGAGAAACAGAGAAGCUUGUCUAGGUCGCGAGAACGUCAAGAACUGGAGGGGCCGCAAGCCGGCGUGCGUCGAAAUUCGACACCUGGGCGCACCUCCAGCGAUCAGAUUGCGAGCCAUAUCAGAUUCAAAACCCAAAAUCCACCUGGUGAGCACGCCGAGGCCUGGCCCCGAAAUAUCCGGCACGGUGCCAGUUUCUUUGAAGGAAGAGGUGUUGGCGCUCGGAGGCUUAACAAUCAUCCGCGCAACACUCAGCCUUUUGAAUUCCCUGAUGCGGUGCCAGAGUCAGCCAUUGAGGACGACCUUGCCCCUUCCCGUCCAUUGGCGAAUAAGCUCAACAAAUAUCUCGACACGCUCCACGGAUACAUGGGAAGAAACUCACAGUUCUAUCAUCUUAGUGAGAGGGAGAGGAAGAUGUUGGGCGGCAUUGAAUAUGACGCGAUCCGCCUGCUCUCGUGGCUUGUGCCAACCUAUUUUGUGCUAUUCCAGCUCUUUGGUGCUCUUGGUGUGGGCGCCUGGCUCACCGCCAACCGCCCGAAUAUGACGCGGAAGAAUGGCCUCAACCCCUUCUGGACCGGAGCUUUCUUCGCCGUCAGUGCAUUUAACAACAGUGGCAUGGCCCUGUUGGAUGCCAACGCGGUCGCCCUGAACCGGAGCUACUACUGCCUCUUGACGCUUAGUCUGCUCAUCCUGGCAGGAAAUACCCUGUUUCCCCCUUUUCUGCGAGGUAUUCUGUGGACGUUCAAGAAGCUGAUCCCCGAAGAUUCUCCCUCGCCAGCCUGGCAGAGGCGGAGACGCACCAUCCAAUUCUGCCUGGACCAUCCGCGGAGGGUCUACACGAACUUGUUUCCGAGUGCGGCAACAUGGUGGUUGGUUGCCUCGGUCGUUGUUCUGAAUACCGUUGACUGGGUUGCGUUCGAGUUGCUCAAUAUUGGCAAUCAAGUGGUCGACUCCCUUCCGACCGGGUUUCGAAUCGUUGCUGGAUUGUUCCAAGCCUUUGCCGUGAGGAGUGGCGGGUUCUACGUCGUCUCGAUAUCCGGCCUCCGAUCCGGGCUGCUGGUCCUCUACGUUCUCAUGAUGUACGUGAGCGCGUUCCCCGUCACCAUGACAAUCCGCAACACGAACGUCUACGAAGAGAGAUCGCUGGGCAUCUUCGCCGACGAGCUGCCGGUGUACCAGGAAAACGAGGGCGCUGCACGGGAGGACAAGAAGGCCGGCUUCUUAAGUGGUCUCCGACGGACCAUCACCAUGACACAUGGUGGUGGUGGCCCGGCCGGCAGCACGCCUGUCUGGAACCGACAGGAUUUUGUCCGCCUUCAACUGCGAUCCCAACUCGGCCACGACCUGUGGUGGAUUGCGCUCGCUAUUUUCGCCAUCACCGCCAUCGAGACGGGCCAGUUUGAGCGUGACCCGGUCAGCUUUUCCACCUUCAACAUCAUCUUCGAGGCGGUCAGUGCGUACGGCUGCGUGGGCAUCAGCGUGGGCGUGCCGUGGAACAACUACAGCUUUUGCGGCGCGUGGCACCUCGCGAGCAAGCUGAUCCUGUGCGCCGUCAUGCUUCGCGGCCGUCAUCGCGGCCUGCCGGUCAGCAUCGACCGCGCCGUCCUCCUGCCGGAUGAGAGCCUCGCCUGGGCCGAGGAAGAGGAUGCCCACAAGAGGACCUCGAGCUUUUACUCUGGAGGGGCCAUGCUCUCGAGGGCGCAGACGUCGGCCAUGACUUCAGGAGAUGCCUUGCCGCGGCCUGGAUCGGCGAACUUUGGGGCGCCGGGACCGAGCGUCCUUAGCGAGGACAGAGGGCGAUGGAUAGAACAGAUUGCCUGA